UUCUGGUUUGAUGUUCGUUUCUUAGCUGAGAGCAGUCGCUGGGGCAGCGUCUAGUCGUGUCGUUCUUGCGGAAUUCAUCUUGAUCACCUGAUAAACGCAAAAAUGGCUGGCCGGCUAAUGCAAGCAGCGAGAUGCCCAACAGAUGAACUGUCUCUCACAAACUGUGUGGUUGCAAGUGAGAAGGACUUCAAAUCUGGGCAAAUUAUAUAUAUAUAUGUGUGUGUGUGUGUGUGUACUGUAUAUAUAUAUAUAUAUAUAUAUAUAUUGUUCACGGUGAAAACCCACCCUAGCGUGGUGCCGGGAACCAUUGCCUUCAGUCUACCUCAGAGGAAAUGGGCUGGACUCUCGCUAAACCAGGAUGUUGAAGUGAGUGUCUACAGCUUUGACCCAUCGAGACAGUAUGUGGGAACCAUGACGCUAGAGAUUGACUUCCUCCAGAAGAAGAGCGUAGACAGCAACCCUUAUGACUCUGAUAAAAUGGCCAUUGAAUUUAUCCAGUGUUUUACCGCACAGGCCUUUAGUGUGGGCCAGCAGUUUGUCUUCAGCUGCUUUGACAAGCUUUUUGCACUGGUCAUAAAAGAUAUCGAGGCCAUGGAUCCCAGUAUCCUUAGAGGCGAGCAAAGCUCUAGCAAAAAGCAGAAGAUUAAGAUUGGUCUGUUGCAUGGCAACUGUCAGGUGAUUUUUGAGAAAGCUGAGAGCUCAUCUAUCAAUUUGAUUGGAAAAGCAAAGACCAGAGGCUCUCGGCAGUCCAUCAUCAACCCAGACUGGAACUUUGAGCGCAUGGGCAUUGGAGGCCUAGACAAGGAGUUCUCAGACAUCUUCCGUCGGGCCUUCGCCUCGCGAGUCUUUCCUCCAGACAUAGUGGAGCAGAUGGGCUGUAAACACGUGAAGGGGAUCUUGUUGUUUGGGCCACCUGGCUGUGGUAAAACCCUGAUGGCGCGUCAGAUUGGUAAGAUCGUGAAUGCCAGAGAGCCGAAGGUGGUCAACGGGCCAGAGAUUCUGAACAAAUAUGUGGGCGAGUCAGAGGCCAACAUCAGAAAGCUGUUUGCUGAUGCCGAGGAGGAACAGAAGAGGUUGGGGGCCAACAGUGGACUGCACAUCAUCAUAUUUGACGAAAUCGAUGCCAUCUGUAAACAACGUGGCAGCAUGGCGGGCAGCACUGGGGUCCACGACACUGUAGUCAACCAGCUACUGUCUAAGAUCGAUGGUGUAGAGCAGCUCAAUAACAUCCUGGUCAUUGGAAUGACCAACAGGCCUGACCUGAUCGAUGAAGCCCUCUUGAGGCCGGGUAGACUGGAGGUCAAAAUGGAGAUUGGCUUGCCUGACGAGACGGGCCGUGUUCAGAUCCUGAAUAUCCACACGGCAAAAAUGAAGCAGUCAAACAUGCUGGCCAAAGAUGUUGACAUAAAGGAGCUGGCUGUUGAUACCAAGAACUACAGCGGAGCAGAGCUGGAAGGGCUUGUGCGAGCAGCCCAGUCGACUGCCAUGAACCGUCACAUCAAGGCCAGUACUAAGGUGGAGGUGGACACAGAGAAAGCUCAGAUGCUAGAAGUCAGCAGGAGUGAUUUCUUGGCCUCUCUGAAUAAUGACAUCAAGCCUGCUUUUGGCACUAAUCAGGAGGAUUACUCUAGUUACAUCAUGAAUGGUAUUGUGAAAUGGAGCAAUGCUGUGUCUGACAUACUGGGAGAUGGAGAACUUUUGGUGCAACAGACCAAGAACAGUGAACGCACACCGCUAGUAACUGUGCUUUUAGAGGGGCCUCCUCACAGUGGUAAGACGGCACUGGCGGCCAAGAUCGCAGAGGACUCCCAGUUCCCCUUCAUCAAGAUCUGUUCUCCAGACAAAAUGAUUGGCUAUUCAGAGACCGCCAAAUGUCAGGCCAUCAAAAAGAUCUUUGAGGAUGCCUACAAGUCCCAACUGAGCUGUGUGGUGGUGGACGAUAUAGAAAGACUUCUGGAUUUUGUUCCCAUUGGGCCACGGUUCUCUAACCUGGUGCUGCAGGCUCUGCUGGUGUUAUUGAAGAAACCUCCUCCUCGGGGUCGUAAGUUGCUGAUUCUUGGCACAACUAGCAGGAAGGAUGUUCUGCAGGAGAUGGGCAUGUUGGACUCUUUCAGCACUACAAUCCACAUCCCUAGCAUCUGUAGAGGGGAACAUCUCAUAGAGGCCCUGGAGCUUCUCGGGGGCUUCCAGGAAGAAGAGCGAGCAAUUAUUGCAAAAAAGGUGAAAGGACAAGCCGUGUGGCUCGGCAUUAAGAAGCUGCAGAUGCUCAUUGAGAUGUCACUGCAGGUGAGACGCAGAAAGACCUUUUCACCCUGCGGGUUGUCUAGACGACUCCCUGAGUCACAGCUUUUCCUGCGAAAUCAUCUGCGGUUUGAGUCAAUGUCAAAUUUAAUUACUUUAUGGCAUCAUAAUGAAAACAAGCCCCUCCAGAUGCGCCUUCUCUCUUGACACACAAACACACACACAAGUAAACAGAACUCCAUAUUCCUCAUCUGCAUGCAAUUUGGUGUAUAUGGACUGCUUCUGGAGUUGAUUGAAGCCUUUCACUUUCCUGCCAAAACAGACUGUUCUCAGAAAUCCUGCAAUAAUGUUA